AUGACCGCCACGAAGCCGCCCGCUGGGCAUUUCACGCUCCUCUAUUUCGCCGCUUCGACCUCAUACAGCCGCAAAGAGCACGACUUCUUCCAAGCACCUCUACCAAUCGCGAAGCUCUUCGACAUGCUCGACAAUCAGUACCCAGGCAUCAAGUCAAGGGUACUCGACAGUAGCGCUGUUACCGUGAAUCUGGACUACGUCGACGUUGAAGAGGAGACUGGCAAGGGUGACGCUGGCCUGAUCAUAAAAGAGGGCGAUGAGGUUGCGAUCAUCCCGCCUGUCAGCGCGGGCUGA